UGUGCCGCGGCUAGACUACGUACGCGUUCGUACGGUCACUCGGAAUAGCUCACUUUGCGUCAGUUUUGCGGUUUAAUUUGCUUAGUUUUGUUUUUGUUCAGUGGACUUGUCGUGGUUCCGGAUUGUUAAGGCUCGUGCGUCGUUUUUAAUUUAGGGAAAUUUACUUAGUUUCGUGCAAUUUGUGAGAAAAAGUGAAAAACAGAGUGAGCUGAAUCAAAACAAAAAAAGGAAGCAAACAAAAACCGGCCUGUUUCAAGAUUGAUUGCACUUUCCACGCGGUGGUGGCGCUGUUGCGGUAAAAGUGGUGACAUUUAUUGCGGGCUAGUUGUUUUUAUUUUCGUCAGUUGCUGCAGCAGUGAUGCUGGUUACACUUGAGUAUUUUGUAACGCAUGGAAGAACAUCAAAGUGGAGUAGCUAUGGUGGUGAAGCGCGAUUUUUGAAGAAGAAAAUCGAAACCGUUCGCCGCCCGAUCCCGUAUUGAUUUGGGGCAUGUGCAGUGCGAAAAAUUAGGUGAAAUACCUCAGAGUGAAACAAGAAUGUUAUUGGGCUAAAAGAUAACAGAAACUUGUUGGAAGAUAUUCGUUUAAGUUUAAAGAUGUUAAAUUCCAGUAAAGUGACAAAUCUCGACACAAGUGCAUUUCGUAACAUUGAUAAGCGAAGGUUCGUCGCUUAACGCUCCCUCGCAAGCGUUAAGGUCUUUUGUGCAAAAGCUCGUGAAAUUCGAGUAGCAUUCAAAAGCAAAACAGGUUGUCACUCUUUCUCUGUGACGGCGACAACAACAACAACAACCGCGAGCUGAAUUGCAUGGAGCUUGUACUGGAUUGACAAGGCUGGAGGAUUAAGAAAAGAUUACUGCCCAUCUCCCACCGGCAUCUAGGUCACCAGCAUUCAAAGCACCACCAACAUUGAACUUGAAUUAGUCCGGCGGCGGCCAUCCGAACCGAUCGAAGAGCUCUCUUUCCACUCCCCAUUAAUGAUCCGGUAAUCUGAUUGUUUUCAUCGCACUUACUACGCUAAUUGAACUUGCAUCACACGGCUGCUGAUAUUACCUGGAUCUUCAGCAGCACACCUUUCGGCCACGAUUUGACCUCGCAAACGUGAAAACAUCGUCCGAAAAUACGAAAAUAAAAGGAGCAAAUUAGCACGAUACACGCAGGCUGGAAAAACUUGCCGAUUUUCCUAGCCCACCGGCGCCAGAUGCCGGGCGGGAAAUCGAGCAAAACCUAAUGGGAACAACCGCCGGAAGAGUGAGGGGAAUCUUCGGCUGCUGGUGAACCGUUAAAUUGCGAGCCAAUUUGCCGGAUUGGUUCGAUUCGAUAGCAACUCGAUCGGAAAACAAACCAACCCGUGAGAUUCAAUCGCGCGCGUGAAUUGAUUUGGGAGUGUGCGAGUGUUUGUGUUUCGUGUGAUGUUUUUACUGGCCCGGAAAAAAUAUGUGUGAACGUGACCCAAUUACGACCGUGGCCGCGCCCCCCUCGGCCACAUUCCAGGCUGUUUGCUCAGGAAAUUGACCAUCCCAAAAAUCUACAGCGAAAAAUGAACCACCUUGCCCACCACAAGUGAAAACAGUGCCAAGUGACUUGAACGCCAUGCCGUGCGCCGCAAGUGACGAACCCGAAAAUGUGAGGUGCUGCUGGGGGCAAAAUCGCGUGUGACAAUUACCAGAAUCAACCAGAGGAAAACAACAUAAGAGAGUGUCAAAGUGUGACAAAGAGCAUGGUGACGUACAACAUGGACGGGCACCACCAUCCGCAGCGCAUGAGCCGACCGCGGCGCGGUUCUAGCGUGUCGUCCGGCUUCCGGCUGCUGGACGCGGACCAGCUGGACGCGAUGUCCAGCGUGAGCCGCAACUCGAUCUGCAAGCUGCGCAUCGACGCCAUGUUUGACGAUACGAGAUCGAUCCUCAGCCAACGGCUCGACGAUCGUAGCUCGGUAAACCUGGGCCCGCCCGGCCCCGGAGGUCGCCGCCGAUCGUCCUCGAUCCAUGGCGCCGGAUCGAUCAGUGGCGUCAGCCGAAUCGGCGGCGGUGGCGGCGCCGCCAUCAUCAACGAUCGGGACAACCUGGACAUAAGCGGGGUCGCGAACAACCUGCGCGGUCCCGGCAGUGGCACCAGCAGUCGCGGCUCCGCGAGCAACAUCGUCCAGGCCCAGAUCGAGCGGAUGUUCAACGAUGUGGCCAAAGAGCACGGGGAUGGGCCGGCGGCAGCGGCCGCGGCUCCGUCCGUCAACGGGCAGACCUUUCAGGUGCGAUGCCUGGGCUCGCUGCCGCUGAAGGACAAGGUGACCAGCCUGGUGGGUCUGCAGGAGCCGCUGUGGCAGCUGUACCUGAGUGGGGCAGGACAUGGGCACCAAAACGCCGGCACGCUGGACAUCAGCACGAUCGGGCUGCGCGUGAAGGCCGCCAACGGACGAGAACCACUCGUGACGCCCUUCCCGAACAUCGCCGUCUGGUCGGCGGUCAAGUUCGUGGUGUCCUCGUCGGAGGGCGGGGCCGCGUUCCUGCCGCUCAUCACCGACCCGGAGAACAUUGACAAGCGGGCGCUUUUUCGACCACUAAGCAGCGCCGCGGACAAGCGUAGACUGUCUUCGGGACUGCACUCGCCGCUGUUCGCCAUCGUCAUGCGCUCCAGCAACACACCCCGACUGCUCGAGUGCCACGGGUUCGUGUGCCAAACGCCGGAGGAUGCCAUCGUGAUUGCCGCGACCCUGUACCAGAGCCUGAUGGCCCACAUGGGCAGUGGAGAGAACCCACGCUCUCGGAGGCCCAAAAACCGUAACGGCGUCAGCUGCAUGAGCAUCGCAAGCAGUGUGGCGACCACCAACAUCCAUCUGCAGCACCACCCGGGAUCCGGGACCAAGCUGUCCUCGCGGAGGUCUAGCGCCAGCCAGCGCAGUAUGUUGCCACCGCCGCCGAGACCGCCGCGCAAGACCAAACGAACUGCGACCAGUUCGUUGAGCGGCGAAAGUGACACCAUGACCGGAGCCAACGAGGAAACCUCCACCGAGGAGCGCAAGAAGCGCUCGCCCAAGGGCAAACGACCGCCGCCGAUUCCGGUGAAUCCACCGCGUGCGGUGUCCAACCGGCCCUCGCUGGACGAAAUCUACUCCGAUCGGAGCCACUCGAACGAGGACGACACACUGCGGUCCAAGAGUGACGCUGGCGGUGCCGGCGCCGAAGGCAACUAUCCGGCCCUCUCGGAGAACUCCGCCGGGGACAUCCUGACGCGGGUGGCCAUCCCCCGCUCCGGGAGCUUCCUGAACACGGCCGGCCUCACACGGUACAAAUCACGCGCCACGCGCCGUCACACGGGCAAGGUGGGCGGCGGGGGCGGAUCGCCGCUCGGGUUCAGCGAACUGUUCAACGAGUUCCGGCUGCAGGAGAACCUGCACUCGCUCGAUGACAUCCUCAAUGCCAUAAUCAACUCGGACGGUAUGUCGUUCAACGAUCUGAAGCCGAUCUACAAGGAGUUUCUGCUCAAGCUGGCCGUCACGCUGACCAAGGACGAGCUGUACCAGCGCUCCAAGAGCAUCAUGCGGCGCCAGAAGAAGAAGAAGCUCAAGAGGAAGAACAGCAACGCGCAGAACCAACGCCGCAAGCUGCUGAUCGGCGCCAAGGGCCUCAAGAAGGUGUUUCGCUUCGGUAGGUUUCGGAAGCAAAAGUCCCUCGAGCGAUCGGACAGCGGGGCCAGCGGCAGCGCCAGCCACGGCGAGCACAACUCCAGCUUCAUCGACGACGGCGAAUCCACGGCGGGACGCAAGCCCGGCAAGCAGCUCGGAUCGUCCGCGGACCAGCUAUCACUGGAUCUUAAGACGUCCGAUAAGAAGGAUCGAUCAAGAAUUGGAACUAGCGGUUCAGAGGUUUCAGAGGCUCGACAUGAGCAUACACUGACGGCCCACCACAACCGGAACAGCUCGAGCGGAUAUGUAUCUUGCUCGGAGUGCAGCUACGAUUCGGACGCGUGCACGUGCACGUCUGCUGAUCGGUGCUACUGUAGCCUGGGAGGAGACGACAUCAACGCGAAGCUGAACGAGGCCAGCAACAGGAACUCGUUGCCGAGCUGCAAGAGUGACGACAAGUGCUACUGCUCGAUGGGAGAAACGCAAGCUGAGGAGGAAGGAUCGACGACCUGGUGCGAUACGGACAGCUGCGCGAGCCACGAGAAAUGCUACUGCGCUCCCCGGCCUGGUCAGGUGCAAAAGUGCGCUACAAAAAGCGCGACUUCGAAGAAGAAUGCCGACAAACUCGGGUUGGACUACGAACUGUUCACCGUGGGAGGUGGAGGCCGUCCAGUGAAUGCUUCGGAAGCACUGAGCGUGAAGAAAACCGUUGAAGUGGCGGCCGUCUUUGCCGAUGUCAAGCUAAGCCAGACGACCGACAUCACGGACAUGAAGAACGAGCAGCAGCAGCAAGCGAAGCAGGACGCAGCCGCGAAGAAGCACGCAGCCGCGAAGAAGCACGCAGCCAAGAGCGACCACCACGGACACAACCAUCACCACACGCACAACGGUAGCAGCAACCACCACCGAAGACACGCUGGUGACGAGAAACACCUGAAGAAGCCCGUCCACAAGCUGCUCAACAAGAAAGCGCUGGCGGAGCCAACGAUCAACGAGUACCACUACAUCCAGUCGUCCCAGGCGGACGUGGCCACCCGGAAGCAACUGGGCGAGAAAAAGUCCUCCAGGCGGUCGUCCAAACCGGAAAGCUACUACCAGGCGUUGGCCCCUCGGGCCACCUCCGGUGGCUCCUCCAUGGGUCUCGAGGAUUCCCUCGGAUAUCUUCCCUAAACCAGGGUACUUGUAACAGAGUUAAUGUUUUAAGCAACGCUUGUAUUCACGCCGAUCACGUUUUUCCUCGGAGUAAACCCAACCAAGGGUGCGUACGCGACCCACAGGGCAUGGUUUACUCCCAGAGAAGAAUUCGCUUGCCCUAGGUUAAGUUACAUUUCCGUUCUUAUGUUUUUCGAAUCACUACAAACAGAAGCAUUUAUUUUUCGAUGUUGAUACAAAUUGGGUGGUAGUCGUAACUCUUUGUACAUGUAAAAACUAUCCGUAGCUUUAAGGAAAAAACGACGCGCAAGGGGGCUGCAAAAUCGUCCAAUUUUGGGAAAAGCUAGCGUUAACAUCUACGAAUCUAUCAAAAGUCGUUGCAAUACAAAACGCAACCAAUUGGAUAUAGUUAAGGAGCUAUUACACUACGACAAACAAACAAACAAACUGGAACUUUGUGACAGUUUUCCAGUUUGCCUGCUUUGUUUGUUUGCCUGAAUUUGUUGUGUACAAACGUUAGCCUGCAUACAUUUUGUCUUGUUUGCGAGUUUGCCGCAAACAAGUUUGCGAGUUGGGCAAACUGUCAAACACGCAGAAGUUCGAGUUUGUUUGUUUAUUUGCGGUAGUGUAAUGGCUCUUUUAGAAAAGAUAAAAAAAUUAUAUCACAUAAAAAAGGGGAAAACACUCAUUUUCAUCAUCAACCAAUGGAGCAUUUCCAUUCGAGCAGUUUUUGCUUUUUUCUACAAUGUAUUUCUUAUGGAGCGAACUGUCAAAAACUGCUCGACUGCGGGUGCUUCAUUAUCAUCACAUCAGCACUGAAUAUCUGCAAUUUGACUCUUUCUAUCUCGGUAUCUCGGGAACGCAAAGACCAAUCUUCAAGAAUUCUGAAUACAAUCAGUGUUUUCAAAUAUAUUUUACAGCUGUUUUGCAGUCUUUAGUUUUCAAAAAAUGUAAGAUUUGACGAAAACAAAAAUUACCGAAAAAAAUACUUUUUGCGGUACUCUAAAAUAUUUUAAAAAAAUAUAAGAUUUUUGAAAAAAAACCAAACAAGCUAAAAAUUAGUCAAAAUUUAGGCAAAUGCAUUUGAGAUUGAUUUCAGCUGAUUAAGCUGAAUUUAAAUUUCCAUUGAAAUUUUCUGAUAUUUUGAGCCGAUUUGGCAAAAACUUAUUUGUACCGGAGUUAAAAGAAAAUUAGUUUUUUUUAAGUUUGUGAAUUGUCCCAACCCCAAGACUUUGCCACAUACCCCAAAUAGAUCAAAAUGUCUUCCCAAGAUACAGAUUUCAAAAAAUUUACACGCCGUUUUUUGUAUGGAUAUCUGCCAUAUUUGUACGGUGACUUUUAUGGACAAACCAAUGAUGCAAAAUAUCUUUUUCAAUCAUAAGGAAUGUUUUUGUCAAAUAAAAAAACAAGAGAUAAAUUGUUAUGAUAACAGGUGGUGAAAAUAAGUGGAUUUCCCCUUUUAUACUCGAGAAAAAGUGAAAAACCUAAUUUUUUGAAGAAAUGCAGCCAAACGCAAAACCCCGAAUGCUUUAUAGUUAUAUUUUACAACCUUUUAAAAACGUAUGUGAACACAAAACAUUUCGAUAGAGGUAGAAUGCAAAACAAACCACCAAGUUCAGCAUGUUUAACUGAGGAGAAAAUGAAGAUCAUUUUGCCUAUAGAAGAUUUAAAUUUCGACGAAGAUACACUUGUAUAAAAUUAAGAGAAACCCCGGUGGAGAGUUUUCAACGAUUUCAAAAUUAUAAACAAAAUAGUUAUGGAUAUCCAUGAAAGAAUUCAUGGUUCAAACGUUUAAGGUAAGAUAGUUGAAGUAAACAAAUGUAUGACGUAUAAAGUUGAAUAAUUACAGACAAUUUUUAACGCAGAUUGUCCCCUUUUUGGAAAUAAUCCAUUCAAAAAAAUAAUAACAAAAAUAAUGUAAAUUACCUGGAGCAAAAAUCACGAGAGACAAAUAACGAAUCCAUGGAGAAAAAUAUUUUAAACAGAUAACCUGCCAUUAUUUUAUGCUAUGGAAAUAAACAAAUCGAUAAUACUCAAACGCAAAACUAACGACUCACAUAACUCCAACCCUUAAGCAACAGCUAGGUACAGAUUAGUUUGUAACGAAGCUCCUAUUCUAGCUAUUUAUUGUAACUGAAAGAGAGAAGACAAAAUCAACAUGGUGCAAUAAAACCCUCAGCAAAUAAAACGAAUGUGCAAUCGAUUUAAUACCUUAUUUUCAACAUUCUACAAAGCUCUGUAUUUUAAGAAAGUAUGCAAUAAAAAGAAAAACAACUAAUAA